ACCUUUAUAGUUACCCUUGGUGUCUGACCUAGUCACCUUUAUAUAUAACCUUGGUGUCUGACCUAGUCACCUUUAUCGUUAACCUUGGUGUCUGACCUAGUCACCUUUAUCGUUAACCUUGGUGUCUGACCUAGUCACCUUUAUCGUUAACCUUGGUGUCUGACCUAGUCACCUUUAUAUAUAACCUUGGUGUCUGACCUAGUCACCUUUAUCUUUAACCUUGGUGUCUGACCUAGUCACCUUUAUAGUUAACCUUGGUGUCUGACCUAGUCAUCUUUAUAUAUAACCUUGGUGUCUGACCUAGUCAUCUUUAUCAUUUACCUUGGUGUCUGACCUAGUCACCUUUAUAUAUAACCUUGGUGUCUGACCUAGUCACCUUUAUAUAUAACCUUGGUGUCUGACCUAGUCACCUUUAUCGUUAACCUUGGUGUCUGACCUAGUCACCUUUAUAUAUAACCUUGGUGUCUGACCUAGUCACCUCUAUAGUUAACCUUGGUGUCUGACCUAGUCACCUUUAUCGUUAACCUUGGUGUCUGACCUAGUCACCUUUGCCCGGUCGCUGCUCUAUAUAGAUUACAUGUAUGUAAACUAUAUUGAUAAGAUUCUUAGACUGUUACCUGUUGAUGUUGCCACGUCACUAAACGAGUUGAAAUAAAUGUAUCUUAGAUACAUUUUUGCGGCAUGUUUGACGGCCUGCCUAGUCCAGACUCGCAUGCCGUGUAACGACAGCGCAUGCGUCCUCCCUGCGUGUCGUUGUUUCUCAGAUCGGAGCAUUCCCGGAUACAUCUCUCCGUUUUUAACUCCUCAGAUCGUGACAAUAACGUUGGAGAAGAGUCUCACUUCUGAUUUGAAGCCUCUUUACGAUUCGCUGCUAAAUUUCCGUAAUCCAAACAACUGUAGUAUACGAGUGUCCUUCUAUAUCGACGACACAGGAACAGACUAUAAUAUUGUGUCUAACUAUGCCAGUCAGGGACACGAGAUCGGGAUACAGUCACGGAACGGGACUUCUCCACGUAAUUCUACUGACUGGAUCGACAUGAUAAAGUACAUGAAGAAAAGACUGAAUACCAUUGGAAUUCCGCACGUGACAGGUGUACGAGCCCCUCUCCUUUCUUUCGGUGGGACAGACGAGUACAUAGGUAUACAGUCAAAUGAUAUGAUUUACGACUCAAGCUGUGUGACGUCAGAAUUCGUGACCCCUGGAACAUUAAAAUGGCCAUUCACGUAUGACUAUGACUACGGGUUAUUAAAAUGCAACAUUGGAGAGAGAGUCGACAAGGCAUUUCCAGGUCUGUGGCAGGUGAUGCUGCCGUCCUACAGGUAUCAGGGUACCGACUGUGAUGUACCGGACGGUUGUAUGAACGUCAAAACAGAGACUCAAGCAUUUGACAUUCUUAACGAGGCGUUCUUAGACCAUUACCUUGGAGACAGAGCACCGUAUACUGUAGUUAUCUCCCCUGCAUGGAUGACGACUGACUACAAGAGGGCGGGCCUGUUGCAAUUCCUCACCAAUAUCACCAAACACACCGACGUGUGGCUAGUUUCCCAGGAACAGGCUUUACGGUGGGUCCAGCAUCCUACAACAUUAGACAAUAUCAUGAAGUUUGAGCCCUGGAAGUGUUGAUCGGGCCAGCUGGAGUAGGCCACAGGACUCUUCACAGUGAGCCCUGGAAGUGUUGAUCGGGCCAGCUGGGGUAGGCCACAGGACUCUUCACAGUGAGCCCUGGAAGUGUUGAUCGGGCCAGCUGGAGUAGGCCACAGGACUCUUCACAGUGAGCACUGCUGUACUGUAACUUAUAGGGAAACCCGUCCGAUUACUGAUAGUAACGGUCUGUUAAAGUAACUCAUUCCUUGGCGUUCAAAAAAUAAUAUAAAAACGAAGAAAUAUUAAAUCGUUUCGUAUUGAC